UCUCUCACUAAACGCAACAAUCAAACAUCUAAACAGAGAGUAAGAGAAAAGGAAAACAGAAGAAAACGCAAAAAUGUCAGGAAGGGGAAAGGGAGGCAAGGGAUUGGGAAAGGGAGGAGCCAAACGUCACCGUAAGGUUCUCAGAGAUAACAUUCAGGGGAUCACGAAGCCGGCGAUUCGGCGUCUGGCGAGGCGUGGCGGCGUCAAGCGUAUCAGCGGUUUGAUCUAUGAAGAAACUCGCGGUGUUCUCAAGAUCUUUUUGGAGAACGUGAUUAGAGACGCCGUGACCUAUACCGAGCACGCUCGCCGGAAGACCGUCACCGCCAUGGACGUCGUUUAUGCUUUGAAACGUCAGGGCCGGACUCUAUAUGGUUUCGGUGGUUAGGGUUAGGGUUUGGUUUGUUGGCGUUUUAAUGGAUUUUGUAAUGAAAUUUCAUCAAUUAAUGAAGAUUUUUAUGGUAAUUGACUAUUA